CAGGGGCUCCUUGUAUUUAUUUAUAAGCUCCCUUCCUCUGCUCCAUUUUGUUUUUUUGUUCUUCCUUCCUUUCUUUGACGUUAUCUUCAAAAUUCUCCAUCUAUCAUCUCCGAGUAGAGAUAUUCGUUGGUAUUUUCAUAAAUCCUCCACAAGUGCCUUGCUGCACGCUUGCUUUUUAAUUUCUGGUUUCCAGCUAAGUUUGUUUGUUGUACAGAAAUUUAUUGUCAUAUAAAAGCACAGCUGCAGGGUAGAGAGAGAUACAUAGGUGGUGAAAUUAUUCUAGUUUAGUAAAGAGGAAGAUCUAGAGAUGAUGGAAGGGAAGUCGAAUUCAUUAGGGGUGAAGAAGGGAGAAGAUGAGUAUUGUUUUAGUAUCAUGGACAUGCCUCCAGGUUUUAGAUUCCAUCCCACGGACGAGGAGAUCAUAACUCAUUAUCUCACACACAAAGUGAUGAACAGCACCUUCACUGCAAGAGCCAUCGGAGAAGUUGAUCUCAAUAAGUGCGAACCAUGGGAUUUACCAAAGAAAGCAAAGUUGGGGGAGAAGGAAUGGUACUUCUUUUGCCAGAGAGACAGAAAGUACCCAACAGGGAUGAGGACAAAUAGAGCAACAGAAUCAGGGUAUUGGAAGGCCACAGGAAAAGAUAAGGAGAUUUACAAAGGUAAAGAACGUCGCCUUCUUGUUGGGAUGAAGAAGACUCUCGUUUUCUACAAAGGCAGAGCCCCCAAGGGUGAGAAAACUAAUUGGGUCAUGCAUGAAUACAGACUCCAAGCCAACUUCUCCAAUUACUACGACCUCCCUAGGCUCACAAAGGAUGAAUGGGUUGUGUGCAGGAUUUUCCACAAGAGCACUGGAAUCAAAAGAAGUCCAAUUACAGAUACAGGUGGUGGUUCAAGUCUAACAAGGAUGAACUUCUUUGGGAAUGAUGCUGAUGCUGAUGAUGAUGACGAUGAUGGUCGGUUUCUGUUGGAUUGUCCUUGGCUGCCACCUCUAAUGGACCCUUCUGAAUAUCCCUACUCCAUCAAUGAAAGACCAGCACUAGCAGCCGGUUCAAGCUUUAAUACAGAUAUUGGUGAAGAAGAUGAAAUCAAGGGGACAGCUGCUAUAUUAAAAGCUCAUAAUUCCUCGUCAUCAGCAGCCGCAAGAUCAUCAGAUCAUCACGGAGAUUAUAAUUACCUCUCCCACUUCUCCACAAACUUGAACGACCAUCAACUAUUUGAAAAUCAACAAGAAGACCGCAAGAUCGAUCAUUUUUUUAUUAUGUCCCAAAGUAACUGUAACUACACCACCACUGGCACUGGUACUACUAAUUACCAAGCCUAUCCAAUCAACCAACCGACUUCACCUGCUGAUUCUUAUGAUCCUGUCUUCCCUUUUCAAGAUCCAAAUCUUGGUUACUUGCACCGAGAACAAGAACAGAGAAUAGCAAUUAUCGGUGAGAAGAAUAUCCCAAGCUUUACAGCAGGAGGAGGAGGAUCCAGCAGCCUCAAGCAGCGGCAGCAGCAGGUGGUAACCGGACUCAGCAAGAUGGGACAAUUCUCCUCUAACCAGUCGAUGGUCAGCGUCUCACAGGACACUGUGACCACCGACCUGACCGCUGAGACAUCCUCUGCAAUGUCAACAAAGAAACACAUGGGAAGCAACACGUCUUAUGAAGACGACAUUGAGGAUCCUUCAAUUGGACGUGGCCCCAUUUCAGACUUGGAUGAUUAUCUAUGGAACUACUAGGGGUCAGCCUGCCUGCCUGUUGCUGAAGCUAAAUUCAACCCGUUAGUUCAAAGAAUUAAUUAGAUUUUUAAGGUUCUCAAUUGAUUUUAAGAAUACUGCAUGUACAGAAACAGAUUAGAUUAUUCAUAACUAAUUGUCCUGGCUGGGCCUUUUCAGAUUACAUUUGUAGUUGUAGCUACUGAUACUGAUAGAUUGAUCCCCACGAACACAACUCUUUAUGUACAUAAUCCAUUCUUUCAUUAAGCUUAGUAGGUGCGUUUGUUCA